UCGUGCGUUCCUGCGGAAAGAACAGCGACAUUUGCAAUUUCAGAACACACAUUCCGAGUGCGUGGAAAAAAGUGCUACUGAUAGCCAAAAAGCGACCCUUCUUGCACUAUUCAGUGCUGCAAGGAAGUCGUAAUUGAGAUCGAACUGGUUCUGUGCAGGAAAACGUACAUUUUGAGUACUUGAAGUGUGGCAUCGAUCCGACAGCAGCUCCGGAGGAAAGCGUAGCGUCAGCGGAGUGUUUUUUCAUCUUGCGGCUACAACAAAGUAUGUAAACACGGUUGUUUACUGAUAAUUCUCUACCGAUCACACGCACGCCAUACGUACACACAUACAUACACACACAUACACGUUCACGCUCCGUUGGAAAAACCGCACGGCGGGAACAAAAAAAAAACCAGUCAAAGAUGUCUCGCCAUCCGCAUGACGCCAAAGUGUACGUCGGUGAGUUAGGUAACAACGCUAGCAAACAGGACAUCGAGGAAGCGUUCGGGUACUAUGGACCGCUGCGGAACGUGUGGGUUGCCCGCAAUCCGCCCGGUUUCGCCUUCGUCGAGUUUGAGGAUGCGCGCGAUGCGGAGGAUGCAGUACGCGGGCUAGAUGGGCGUACGAUUUCCGGCCGGCGAGCCCGGGUAGAGCUCUCUACCGGUCGUGGUGGACGCGGUGGUGGAGGUGGCGGACGCGGUGGACCACCGCGCGGCGGUAAAGGUGGCCGAUUCCAGUCGGACGAUCGGUGCUACGAGUGUGGCGGACGUGGCCACUUUGCUCGCGAUUGUGCCCGUUCGGGUCGCCGAGGACGCAAAAGGUCUCGCAGCCCACGAUCGCGCUCGCGCGAGCUACGUACCCGUUCGCGUAGCUACAGCCGUUCCCGCAGCCGUGACCGCCGUUCGCGCUCGAAGGGAACGCCCAAGCGGAGCACUCAGGCCGCCCGCUCGGUGAGCCGGGAUGUGAGCAAAUCGCCCCGCCGUACCUCGCGCAGCCCCCCAUCGAGAAGUCGCUCCCGUUCGGCGAAACGGUCCGUGUCCCGCUCACCGUCCCGCUCGGUGUCCCGAUCGCACUCACGCCAUCGCAACGGUGACCACGACUAGGGUGCAGCGGAUACACGGAAGACGACGAGAGGAGGAAGGGGUUGAUGCGUCCGAUGGAGAAUAUCAUCAUGUAUCUUGCUUGGCUACAUCUCUCUAGAAUACUAGAACACACCGUGACUCGCCUAACGUCUUCUCCUCCUGUAAUGGGGGAGUUUCAGGAAAGGAAGGGAGAGGGGUUUUUUUUUGGUAGGACCAAUAGAGAAAUACACAAACACACUCAGACGCAGACCACCGAGGCUUAAAAGGCCCUCCUUUAGGCUUAGAAAGGCCGCCUAACGGGGGUGUGUAACCAACAAAACAGAACAGACAGGGCUUAUAAUUUAUAGUAAAACAAAACAAUAGGAGCGGAACGUGUGUGGUGAACCGGUAGGUUCGAACACACACUGUUAAACAUCUCCUAAGCAAACUAAAUGGCGUAACCUUUCCUACAAACGAUAUAGAGGCGUUCUGCUAUUAGACCACCAGAGUCUUAUCCUUAUGCUGCACCAUAAACGGUAGUUCUAACAACGCAACGAUACCGAACAACAGCAGCAUAGAAGAAAGCAUGACGAGUGGUCAAACACACACAGUUUCACAAUGUAGUAUUCUCGGGUCCUGGUCGACACACCGCGUCGAAGCCGCCCGGUUUUUUUUUUAGUUUUUGGUAGUUUAAUCGACGACGUGCAUCUCGGUGAACUGAACGUUUAGAGUAAAACGAAUGCACCGAAACCUUAGCGGCGAAGAAGCAGAAGAAGCAUUUUAUUUUAUUCAGCGAGAAAGGACUUUGUGUGUGUGCAGUGAAAGUAGUAGCAUUUAACCAUGGUUUGACCACCGUUUUUGUUUCUUUUUUUUUUGAAAACCUCACAAUAGAGCCGGACGACAAGACACUACUAGACUCGGAUCUCCCCGAAAAAGAAAAAAAAAACAGGCGAGAGCUUUUGGACUUUCGCAAAGCAAAGGCACACUAUUAUCUCAAAAUAUGAAUUUUUUUUUGUAUCAAAGAACGCUAUGUACAAUUUUGUGUUUACGGUUUCUAAUUACAAUCUGUACUUUUUGUUCGUGUCGUGUGGCGAGUUAGAUAAGUGUUAAGCAAGGAAAUGUGUAUGUGAAUAAAAAUUAAAACGAUACAAGUCUCGAAGUACGUA